CAGGUGCUCCUUCAUUCUCAGGGACCGCGUCUCCGUCCGCUUCCACAACCUCAACCAUGGCACCUCUAUCCGUGAGGACAUCCUGGACAGCAGACACGUGGAUGGGGUAAUGUGAAGACCAGGCCCUAUAGAAUCAACUCCAGCUGAUGGCCACCAUGUGAAAAUAAAGACCCAGUGUUGCCAGAAUUUGGAACAAGACAAGUCAGAAAUCGAGUCUAUAUGUGAAUUUGUCCAUUUUUUACAAAUUGGAAAUCAGUUCACUUUGAACACACACUACAAGAGCCAACUCCGAGGGUCAAAGAACAUCUGAGACCUGGAUCCAGAUGUUUGGCCAAAGCUCCCAUUCAGGGAGGCAGACUACGUUCUUUCCCCUGCUCUGAAGUCCAUGGCCAUGCUGAGUGCAGAUAACAUAAAGAUGAAUAAGAAACCAACCUACCCUCAAAAAGCUUAUGAUGGGAUAGAUUUUACUACUCCAGUAAACUGAAUAGUAUGUGAUAAAUGCUUUAAAAGAGAUGUGCACAGGGAGUGACAAACACCUGGGAAAGAGAGAAAGGCUUCAUUCUGGAAGUGAUGGUUUCCGGUGAGCCAUGAAUGAAUGCAGAGGGUUAGAACAGGAGCUCAGUGGUUAAUGUCUGAGUAGCAUGGAGGAGUUUGACCAGAAGUUCCUGUGCAGAGGGAACUAUGAAGCAAGGUCCAGAUACAUGCAGGUGAAAUUUGUCUGCAUUCGGACCCAGUCAAACAGGAGGAGAACACCAGGGGCAGACAUGUGCCCUGCAUACUUGCUCCUGCGGUACAAUGAGAAACUGGACAGGCUGUUUAUCAGUGAACUCAACACCCAGCACAUACAUGUCGACUGCAAAACUGCGGAUCCUGGAGGAGACCUGGCCGGCAAGUCUCAAAAGAUGACAUGCUUGCAGAAACCGGAGCCCGAGCAGCCCACAUUCGAGAAAGGCCUGGACAUGGCCAAGAAGCCCCUGGUUGAGCCAUCAUUUUGCUCAGAUAAGGUCCAAGCAACCCCACAGCCCAAGCAGGAGAGUAUCACCCCUUCUGACCUGGCCAAGAUAGCAAAAGUGAUGAAGAACUUUCUUAAGGUGGAUGAGGGUUCCAUGGCCUCCCUCAGUGUGGGCAACAGCCAGGACCUGGACCGGCUCAGCUUCCAGAGCAGCAAGAUGAGCAGCCUGUUCAUCCGCUUCCCGGAAAGUCUCUUGCUGCAUCGGGUGGAGAACGCCCAGGGCCACAUUCUCUAUGCCUUCCUAGUGGAGAACAAGGAGCGAGAGGGCCGAGUGGUGCACUUUUCUGUGCUCAAGGCUGAGACAGCCACAUCUGUGGCCAAGAUGCUGAGCAUCUUCACAGAGUUCAACUCAGAUUGGCCCAAGAUUAAGGUGGUCUUUGUGGACCCGUCCUUCCCUCACCGAGCUGUCCUGCAGGAGAUCUUCCCUGCGGCCCGCGUCCUCCUUUCCAUCUACCACACAACCCGCCUCUUGGAGAAGAAGCUGCAUCGCAGUUCAGCAAAUUUGUCCUUUAAAAGUCUCAUGAAGGAAGCCCUGCGGGAGGCUGUGUUUGUCACCUCUGACGCCAGCCUGCAGAGUCUCUGUCAGAUGUCCCGGUCCCUCCUAGAUGAGGAGCUCUUUGGCUUCCUGCAGGCCCACUGGUUCUCCUGCGAACUGCUGUGGUACAUGCAUGUCAGGAAGGGCCUGCACGCGUGCAGCACCUACAUGGACAGCCUAGACAUCAUCACCAGCAAGGUGUCAAGCCUCUUCCGAGAGCCACAGUCCCUGCUGGACUGCAUCCUCUGCUUUGUGGAUUACAUAGACUUCUUCAAUACCAAAGGCGUGAAAAACUUGCCCACAGCUCCCCCCAGGUUAAAGAGAGCUCAGCCAGCAAGCUCACCCCCCAAACCCAAGAAGCCUUUUGGAAUCUGUGGAGGGAACCUCAUCCGGACUCCUGCGAAGGAGGUCCUGCCACAGGCGCCAAUGCAGCAGCAGCCACAGGGGCAGCCCUCCCACGGUGGCAUGCUGGACUCCCUGCGCCAGAGUGGUUUCGAACUGGCCUAUAAGCUGUGCUACAACGAAUGGGAGGUGGUACAGAACUCCACUCACCUGGUGGAUAUGGGUGGCUCCUCAGUGGACGUGCAGUUGGUAGAGGACUCUUACCAGGUUAGCAAAGACGGCUGCAGCUGCAGCUGUUCCUUUCAGCAGUGGUACCACCUGCCAUGCCGGCACAUUUUGGCCCUGCUGCACACCAGCCAGAAGCCUGUGGGUGAAACCAUGGUCUGCCGCCGGUGGCAAAAGAGGUACCAGCACCUCCUUGGGCCUGGUGGGGAGCUCCGGGACCCUGUUGGGGUCCCAAACACAGGCCAGCCUGGGAAGCAAGGACGGAAGGACAUGAUUCAGGACCUAAGCAGGGAGCUAGCAAACCUGCUAAUGCAGAGUGAGGGGCCAGAGUUGGAGGAGCGCUUUUCCACCUUGCGCAAGAUUGUGGACAUCUGGGCUGACCCCUGCCAGCUAUUGGAGCCCACUCAGCAGCCAGGGGACUUCAAGGAUGUGGGUUGCCUCCCUUUUCUCUGGGGAAAGCAGGAGGAAGUAGAGGGACUCCCUCUUGCUGGAACCACGAUUCAUGAUUGAAGCGCUUGCUCUGGUGCACUGGGCCGCAAGCUUCUCUCUCUGAAAGUCCGAGAACUCAAAGGAGGCAGGACUCAACCAGGAGUCAGCAUCUUACCCACUGUCUUCUCAGGUAGGGCUAGGAAGAUUGUUAAAAUGGGAGAGGAGGAGCCCUGUCUUUUUGACAGUCCUUUGAAUUGCUCCCUUUUCUGCCCUACCUUUGGCAUUCCUCGGAGCCUCAUUCACUGUUCAAGGCCAAAGUUGUUUCCAUGCUGAAAGGCCACGCCUCCUUCUCCCCUCAUCCCUGAGGUCAGAUCUGACUCACUUUACAAAGAUGAACCCAAGGCCCAGGAUAGGAUGAGACAAAAUGGGCGAAGUGAAAUUAGGGCCUGUUUUCAGGGACAGAGGGAAGGAGCGUGGUCCUUGACUGUUGCUGCUCUUUACAAAGAAUCUGUUAAUUUGUGCCUAUUUUUAUUCAUAUUAAAGUUUUUUUUUUAAUAAAAUCAAGCAAGAGAAAUGUGUGUUGCUUGAAUAGGGAAGGAAUCUAGUGGGGAUUGUGAGGCAAAACAGCUUGAUACCUCAGAGACUUAAUGCACCCUUCACCCUCUGCCUGGCAAUCAAACCUUCAGCUCUGAUUUCAAGCAGGCUGGCGUUUCUGGCAGGAUGCAGCCGAAUAGACAGGGAAGGAAAAACCUGAAUCUUACAAUCAACUAGUUGCCCAAGCUUGGGGAGGGGGGAUUGGGGGGGGGGCUGUGGGAAAGUCCCUAAUUUCUUCAUCUGCAAAAAUUAGUGUUGGCCAGUACUAGUCUCGGUUUCCUCUUUAGAUUUCUAUGAACAGAACAUUUUUGUCGCAUUCAUAAGCAUCAGCACUACUUUUGUUGUUGCUAGUUUGUAAUCAGUCUUCUUGUAGCCAGCCAGCUUCCGGGGAAGAGGUCAACAGAUGGAGUUCUUGCAGUCGUUCACCGUGACCUUAGCAAGCCACAGCGCCAUUCUGGACCUCUCUCUCUCU